ACUUUCACAGGACGAACUCGCACCAUUGAAAGUGGAAAACGACGGAACAACAACACUAAACCAACUCCGAUACGACACUGUGCUGGUUAUAUAUGCUGUUGCUCAAUUUUGAAGAUCCGAAACCUAUGCGCGAGUUUUAUAUAUAGGUUUUGAGUUUUGGUUCCGAUCGAGCGACGAGCUAUGCUGUCAAAUCAUAUCCAGAACGGAAUCGAAACGGCGAGGCUCGUUUGGUCGCGGAUUCCCAAUUCCGAGGACUCACAGCUCCUCGACGAUGACGGCGUUGGCCUCCUGAAGAAGAACGAUGGAAGUGGCGCUGAGAGCCUUGACUAUGAAGUCAUUGAGAAUUUCGCUUAUCGUGAAGAACAGGCGCAAAGAGGGAAGCUAUUUGUGAGUUAUUUGCUGGUGGUGAAAUGGUUCUUUGCCUUGCUCAUUGGCAUAUGUACUGGACUUGCUGCUGUUUUCAUCAAUAUUUCUGUUGAAAAUUUUGCUGGCUGGAAGUUCUCGGUGACAUUUAAUAUUAUUCAGAAAUCAUAUGUUGCUGGCUUCAUUGUAUAUGUCCUCAUCAACUUGGCUUUGGUUGCUUCCUCUGUAUAUAUUGUCACCCAAUUUGCACCAGCUGCUGCUGGAUCUGGUAUUCCUGAAAUCAAGGGUUACUUAAACGGAGUUGAUAUUCAUGGCAUCCUACUUUUCAGAACUUUGAUUGGAAAGAUAUUCGGAAGCAUUGGUUCAGUCGGAGGAGGCCUUGCUUUGGGUAAAGAAGGUCCUCUUGUCCACACUGGUGCUUGUAUUGCUUCUUUGCUUGGACAAGGUGGAUCCACUAAGUAUCAUCUAAAUUCAAGGUGGUUUAAUGUAUUCAAAAGUGACCGGGAUCGUCGUGAUCUUGUAACCUGUGGAUGUGCAGCUGGAGUUGCUGCUGCAUUUAGAGCUCCGGUUGGUGGUGUACUGUUUGCAUUGGAAGAGGUUACAUCUUGGUGGAGGAGUCAACUCAUGUGGCGUGUCUUUUUCACUUCUGCUAUUGUGGCUGUUGUGGUGCGAACUGCGAUGGGGUGGUGUAAGAGUGGAAAAUGUGGACAUUUUGGGUCAGGCGGAUUCAUAAUAUGGGAUAUAUCAGAUGGUCAAGAGGAUUAUUCAUUUGCAGAGCUAUUGCCAAUGGCUAUCAUUGGGGUUAUUGGAGGCCUACUAGGUGCUUUAUUCAAUCAGCUUACACUUUAUAUCACUACAUGGCGUCGAAAUCAUCUUCACAAGAAAGGUAGCAGAGUCAAGAUCGUUGAAGCAUGCAUUGUCUCCCUUUUGACAUCAGUGAUUUCAUUUGGAUUGCCACUUCUAAGGAAAUGUAGUCCAUGCCCGGAAUCUGAUCCUUCAUCUGGUAUUGAAUGUCCACGACCUCCUGGAAUGUAUGGGAAUUAUGUAAAUUUUUUUUGUAGCAAGGACAAGGAAUACAAUGAUCUUGCAACUAUUUUCUUCAAUACUCAGGAUGACGCCAUAAGGAAUUUGUUCAGUGCAAAAACAAUAAAUGAGUACAGUUCCCAAAGUUUAUUAACCUUUUUGGUUAUGUUUUAUGCUUUAGCGGUUGUGACAUUUGGUACUGCUGUGCCAGCUGGGCAAUUUGUUCCUGGUAUAAUGAUAGGAUCAACGUAUGGACGUCUUGUCGGCAUGUUUGUUGUUAAGUAUUACAGAAAACUCAACAUUGAAGAGGGAACGUAUGCUUUGCUAGGAGCUGCAUCUUUUCUUGGAGGUUCAAUGAGGAUGACAGUGUCUCUAUGUGUUAUUAUGGUUGAAAUCACAAAUAACUUAAAACUUUUACCCCUUAUUAUGCUUGUUCUUCUUAUAUCAAAGGCUGUUGGGGAUGCUUUUAAUGAAGGAAUCUACGAUGAACAGGCUCGACUGAGGGGCAUACCAUUACUGGAAUCAAGGCCUAAAUAUGAGAUGCGGAAUAUGACAGCAAAGGAGGCCUGUGGGAGUGGAAGGGUGGUUUCUUUCCCUCGUGUUGCUAAGGUUUCAGAUGUAGUCUCCAUUCUGCAGAGCAACAAACACAACGGUUUUCCAGUGAUUGACCAUACAAGAAGUGGAGAACCACUAGUUAUUGGAUUAGUGCUUCGGAGUCAUUUACUGGUAAUAUUGCAGUCCAAGGUUGAUUUCCAGCAUAGUCCUUUACCCUCUGAUCUGAGAGGUGGGGGCAGGUCAAUAAGGCAUGAUUAUGGUGAAUUUGCAAAGCCUGUUUCCAGUAAAGGAAUAUGUCUUGAUGAUGUACAUUUAAGUUCAGAUGACCUGGAAAUGUUCAUAGAUCUUGCCCCAUUUUUGAAUCCCUCCCCUUAUAUCGUACCAGAAGACAUGUCUUUGACAAAGGUAUACAAUCUUUUCCGCCAACUUGGUUUGAGACAUUUAUUUGUUGUACCUCGUCCAUCGCGUGUGCUUGGUUUGAUAACCAGAAAAGAUUUGUUGAUUGAGGACACAGAUGCGAAUACAUUAGAGCUUCAGGCAACUAGUGUAAGAGUUCGGCAUCCAGGUAAAAGAUUGAUGGCAAGGAAUGCAGAUGUGGAGAGCCCUCUGCUAAAUGGUCUUCUGGUUCAGAAUCAGAUACCUGACUAAUACCGUCUGCAGCCUUCCCAAAUUCCUUUUUGCGUCCAAUUUUCCUUGAAAAUCAUUCUUUAUUAUUUUUGUAUUAAUGUUGAAAUAGGUUAGAGAACCCGAUAUUUUGGGGAUGGAACGGGGUUGUAGACUGACAGUAUACCCUAGAAUUUUGUAUAUAAAGUAUAAACUACGCAAGCAAGAAAAAAAUCAUGAAAGCGCCAUUGUGAUAAUUAUGAUAGCAGAAUUUAGACUGAUCGAUUGAAAAAAUACAUGAACUUUCUUUGUUUUUUU